GUCCCCCGCAUUCACCCCGCCCCUCUUUCCCACCCCCCUCACCCCAGUCUGGGGAAUCUCCAUUGACGUUCGGGUGACGCCGCCGUGCUGCCGCCGUGGGGGGUUCCAGGCGCCGCACAGCUCCUGUUCGAGUGCUCCUGAAAGCGCGAUGCUACCAAUCCCUCCUCAGGAAGAGCCCUGGGACCAAGACAUGGAGGUGUUCGGUGGUGGCGGCGGCGGCACGAACAGUGGCGAGGUAAAUGGUCUUAAAAUGGUUGAUGAGCCAAUGGAAGAGGGAGAAGCAGAUUCUUGCCUUGAUGAAGGUGUGGUUAAAGAAAUUCCUAUCAUUCAUCAUGUUAAGGAAGGUUAUGAGAAAGCAGAUCCUGCACAAUUUGAGUUGCUCAAGGUUCUUGGUCAGGGAUCAUUUGGAAAGGUGUUUCUGGUUAGAAAGAAGACUGGACCUGAUGCUGGGCAGCUCUAUGCAAUGAAGGUGUUAAAAAAAGCUUCUUUAAAAGUUCGAGACCGAGUUCGGACAAAGAUGGAAAGGGAUAUACUGGUGGAAGUAAAUCACCCAUUUAUUGUCAAACUGCACUAUGCUUUUCAGACUGAAGGGAAGCUGUAUUUAAUAUUGGAUUUUCUCAGGGGAGGAGAUGUCUUUACAAGAUUAUCCAAAGAGGUUCUGUUUACAGAGGAAGAUGUGAAAUUUUACCUCGCAGAACUGGCCCUUGCUUUGGAUCAUCUGCAUCAAUUAGGAAUUGUAUAUAGAGACCUGAAGCCAGAAAACAUUUUGCUUGAUGAAAUAGGACAUAUCAAGUUAACAGACUUUGGACUCAGCAAGGAGUCAGUAGAUCAGGAAAAGAAGGCCUACUCAUUUUGUGGUACAGUGGAGUAUAUGGCUCCUGAAGUAGUAAACAGGAGAGGCCAUUCACAGAGUGCUGAUUGGUGGUCAUAUGGUGUACUUAUGUUUGAAAUGCUUACUGGUACUCUGCCAUUUCAAGGUAAAGACAGAAAUGAGACCAUGAAUAUGAUAUUAAAAGCAAAACUUGGAAUGCCUCAGUUUCUUAGUGCUGAAGCACAGAGUCUUCUAAGGAUGUUAUUCAAAAGAAAUCCAUCAAAUAGAUUGGGUUCAGAAGGAGUUGAGGAAAUUAAAAGACAUCUUUUUUUUGCAAAUAUUGACUGGAAUAAAUUAUAUAAAAGAGAAGUUCAACCACCUUUCAAACCUGCUUCUGGAAAACCAGAUGAUACUUUUUGUUUUGAUCCUGAAUUUACUGCAAAAACGCCCAAAGAUUCUCCUGGUUUGCCAGCUAGUGCAAAUGCUCAUCAGCUUUUCAAAGGAUUUAGCUUUGUUGCAACUUCUAUUGCCGAAGAAUAUAAAAUCACUCCAAUCACAAGUGCAAACGUAUUGCCAGUUGUUCAGAUAAAUGGAAAUGCUGCACAAUUUGGUGAAGUAUAUGAAUUGAAAGAGGAUAUUGGUGUUGGCUCUUAUUCUGUUUGCAAGCGAUGUAUACAUACAGCUACCAACUUGGAAUUUGCAGUGAAGAUCAUUGACAAAAGUAAGCGAGACCCCUCAGAAGAAAUUGAAAUUUUGAUGCGCUAUGGACAGCAUCCCAACAUUAUUACUUUAAAGGAUGUCUUUGAUGAUGGUAGAUAUGUUUACCUUGUUACGGAUUUGAUGAAAGGAGGAGAACUACUGGACCGUAUUCUCAAGCAAAAAUGUUUCUCAGAACAGGAAGCUAGUGAUGUACUGUAUGUAAUAACUAAGACAGUUGAUUAUCUUCAUUGUCAAGGAGUUGUUCAUCGUGAUCUUAAACCUAGUAAUAUUUUAUACAUGGAUGAAUCAGCGAAUGCAGAUUCAAUUAGGAUCUGUGAUUUUGGGUUUGCAAAACAGCUUCGAGGAGAAAAUGGACUUCUCUUAACUCCCUGCUACACUGCAAACUUUGUAGCACCUGAGGUUCUUAUGCAGCAGGGAUAUGAUGCUGCUUGUGAUAUUUGGAGUUUAGGAGUCCUUUUUUACACGAUGUUGGCUGGCUACACUCCAUUUGCUAAUGGCCCCAAUGAUACUCCGGAAGAGAUACUGCUUCGUAUAGGCAAUGGCAAGUUCUCUUUGAGUGGUGGAAACUGGGAUAAUAUUUCAGAUGGAGCAAAGGAUUUGCUUUCCCAUAUGCUUCAUAUGGACCCUCAUCAGAGAUACACUACUGAACAAGUAUUAAAGCACUCAUGGAUAACCCACAGGGAUCAGCUGCCGAAUGAUCAGCCAAAUAGAAAUGAUUCAUCACACAUUGUUAAGGGAGAAGUUGUUGCCACAUAUUCUGCCCUGAAUCACAAGACUUUUCAACCAAUCCUAGAGCCUGUAGCUGCUUCAAGCUUAGCUCAGCGACGGAGCAUGAAAAAGCGAACAUCAACUGGCUUGUAAGAUUUGCAGUGUUCCUCAGCUAAACAGGAUGAAGAGAAAAUUAAACAUGUGGCUUUUUGCCUAAUCUUAUAUCAAUAGCAUUGUUUUCUGCUAUAUUACUUGAAUAUUCUGUUUAGACCCUUUAUUUAAGGGAAGUGAAGUUAAAAAAAUAAAACAGGUCCACAAUAUUCAUACUAUGUUGUUUGUAGUCAUGUCCAAGUGUUUGUAUCAGGAAAUAAUUGUAAUCCACAGGUCUUAAAAACUUCUCUGCACAUACAUGUCUAAAAUUCUUUUCAAGUAAAAUUAUUCUUAGUUUCAGUGGAUUCAAAUAAUAAUGGUUUAGAAAUCAUGCUUUUAGUGUAAUGCCAAGCAACGUCAGUAUUUUUUUAACAUCUGAUCUUGAAGGAUAGGCUUUUUUUUUCUACAAAGUAAAGCAAAUGUGUGGAAGUUUGUUGUGCAUAACCAAAGGACUCCAUCCAUUUAUGGCUACUAAAUUAUUGUCAUAGUAGUUUGGUGCCAGAGCGAGAUGCAUUUAUCCUAAUAUAUGAUAUGAUUGGUGCCAAAGUUUUUAUGGAAGAAUUAAAUCACCAGUAAUGUGUGAGACAGACCUAAAUAUUUAUCCAUAAGUGGACUCAUCUAGGAAAGGUUUUCAUAAGGUUUCUAACUAUUUACAACUAACAGAAUUGUUGUACAAAUGAAAAAAUAUCAAAAGACUUUAUACUGGUGUUAUAAUCUUCCAAACAGGUCAUAGUUAGUCCUUUGAUAAUAAAGUACAUGGUGUUAACACUAUCUUGGUGUUAUGUAACCAGACUUUCAAGUUCACUAAUUGGAUUUAGUCAUCAUCUAUCCCCUUUAUAAAUGAACUACACUGUUAUUUUUCUGAUUUCUAUGUGUUUUGAGCUACAGUGUAGCAUACCAAUCUACCUUGAAUCCUAUGAUUAUAUAGUUGAAGUUGUAUUGUAGUGGACUUGUGCUCUUAGCACAUAUGGUAUAGUAUAAUGUAUUUCAGUAACUUUAGACAGUGCUACAUAAUAGUUAUGCUUUGAGAAGAAAAACUAACAUUUUAAAUAGGAGUAAUAUUAAUCCUCUACAAAAAGGUUGAGCACAUUUAAAAAUCAUAUUUAUAAAAGAUAUCUGGCCAAAUUGGUCUUAUUAAAUUUAUGAUUCAGAACCACUGUGUUAAUAUGAAUUGUUUUCUCUAAAUACUGAAAUUAAAAAAAAUUGUUUGUGUUGUUCAAUAAAAUACCAUUACUACUACUACUACUACUGACAGAAAGAACUCAUGAAUGUAAUUUGCAGGAUAUCAUAGUUUUGUUUAAUGAAUAUAAGUGAACUACUUGUGUGUGCUAGGUGUACUGUUUGCUGUGUAUUUUUUUUUCUUAAUUCAGAGACAGUUGAUUGCUGAGUAUACAGUUUAGGCUAGAAGACAUGUACCUUUGGUAUUUAAUAAACCAAUUAUACAUCUUAUCUUUAUAAUGUAAGUGAUCUAUACCAUGCACAAAAAUCUGUUUCUGGGUGUAAUAUAUAAAAGUAUGUGUUCUUAUUUUGAGGUGAUUUUUGAAACAAUUAAAAAACAUUAAAAAUAUCUAAUACUA